GACAGUUCCGGACGCUUCCCCGCAAGAGACAAGAGCUCUAGGGAUGGGGCGGAGUCCCGGCUACGGCGGGCGUUGGGCCGUGCCUGGAAGCGGAAAUCGUUAGGUCCGUUCUGGACCCGCCUUCCGAUGGCCCAGGCGUCUCGCUCGGGUGGCCUUCUGCCUCCGCUCUCUACCGUGCCGCCGCUGUGGGUGCAACCUGGGGGUGCUGGGGAGGAGCCGUGGGAGGGAAGGCGGGCGGGCGCCCUCCCGGGGGAGGUUCGCGGCUGGCGGGGGCUGCCGGUUGCCGAGAGCAUCCCCUGCCUGGACCCGCGACCAGGCGCAGCGCCGGGAGGGCAGCCGUGGUGGGCUGGGCCGGCACCCGCGGGCGCGAGGGAGGACGACGCAGCUGGGGCUGCAGACUGGAGGCGGGAGCCGGCAGCGGGCGGCCAGAUCCCUCCAGCCCUGCAGCGUCUUCGGGCCGUGUUACUGCGGCUGCACGGUGAGCGGGAGCAGCUCCUCCGGGCCCGCGACUGCGCCCGUCACCUGCAGGCGGCCGUGCGCCUCCUGUGGACCCUAAGUCCCGGCACACCAUCGCUCGGCCCCAGCCCUUUGCUCCAGCUUUGUAGAGACGUGCUGCCUUACGCUUCCCGAGGGGCCGUCCUGCGGACCCGGCCUCUUGAGGCCCUCGAGCCGCUGCUCUUGACGCGUCUCGUAGGACUAGCCACCCAGCGCCUGGAUGCUGCUAUCGAAAUGCAGCUUCGCGUUCUGGGCCGGGCGCCCUCCAGCCCGGGCCUGUCAUCUCAACUCUCCGAGCUGCUGCUGGUGCUUCCCGCCUACCAUCAGCUACUGGCAAAAGCCAGGAGCCACGUCCCAGGGGUAGCGCGCCCCUUUACCCCGGCCCGAGUGCUCCGCCUCCUGGCGGGGGAACGAGGUUGCCAGGUAGCAGGUCGGCUGGACGAGGCGCUCAGCGGAUCAGGCUUGCGGGACCAGCUUCGCAGACAGUGCCAAGAGGAGCGGGAGCUGCUGCCAGGGCUGCUGGGGCUGGUGGAGGGCGUGGCGGGUUCAUCCAGCAGUGGACUGGGGCUUGGAGGGGCUGGGGCCCUGUGGAGCCAGUAUUGGACCCUGCUGUGGGCGGCCUGUGCUCAGAGUCUGGACCUGAAGCUGGGACCUUGGAAGGACCUUAGGGCAGCAGCACAACAGCUGAGUCAGGCACUGGGUCAGGCAUCACUACCUCAGGAGUGUGAGAAGGAGCUGGCUUCUUUGUGCCACAACCUACUUCACCAGUCGCUUAUCUGGAGCUGGGACCAAGGCUUCUGCCAGGCCUUGGGAUCAGCUCAUGGGGAUCAGAACAGCCUUCCCCCUUCCUGGGAUGGUAGCACGUGCUCUCGAACCACUGAACUUCUGCAACAGCUCUUCCCCCCUCUCUUGGAUGCCCUUCAGGAACCCAGGUCAGGGCUGAUCCUCUGUAAGCCUCCAGGCCCUGCACCCCUUGCCCUCGGGCUCUGUACCCUCCAGACCACCUUGCUCUGGCUCUUGGGAAGAGCUCAGCAGCACUUGGCAGCAUGGACCCCAGGCUCUUUCCUGCUCCUGAUCCAGAAGGACUUGCCUCCUCUAUUGCAUGAGGCACAAGCUCUGUCUAGCCUAGCCUCAGAGGAAAGCUUGGCCCUGGAGGUGGAGCAACAGCUAGGCCUGGAGAUCCAGAAGCUGAUUUCACAGAUCCAGCUCCUGCCUGAAGAGUCACUAAGUCUCUUUUCUCAAGAAUGUUAUAAACAAGCCACACAGGGCUUUGAGCUCUACAUGCCACGGGGUCGGUACUGGCGGCUUCGUCUCUGCUCUGAACUGCCUAGCGUUCCUACUGAGUAUGCUGGGUUGGUGGUCCGCACCGUACUGGAGCCUGUGUUACAAGGAUUGCAGGGAUUGCCACCCAAAGCCCAGGCUCCUGCCCUCGGUCAGGCACUGACAGCCACCCUGGGUGCCUGGCUCGAUCAUAUCCUCACCCACAGGAUCCGGUUCAGCCUGCAGGGGGCGCUGCAGCUCAGACGGGACUUUGGCGUCGUCCGGGAAUUGCUGGAAGAGGAGCAGUGGGGCCUGUCGCCCGACCUUCGCCAGACACUGCUUAUGCUCAACAUCUUCCAGCAGCUGGAUGGGGCCCUGCUAUGUUUAUUGCAGCAGCCCUUACCCAAAACACGAGUCUACAAGAGACUUCCCUGUUGCUGUGAGUCACUCCCCCUUGCCAACCCCUGGCUCUUCGCCCUGAGGCACUACUUUAUUUACCCCGCCCCCAACGCAUCCUCACCACUGGUCUGGCUUCAGCAUCUCCUCUCAAACCACCUGCUUUCCGCUCUGGCCUCACCAGGUGCUUGUCAUGAGGUCCAGACCACGGAAUUGCCCGGCAGCAGCCUCAACAGCCUGGAAAGCUUGGAGCCCCCUCUUCGGCCUGCAGCAGCCCCAGCCCAGACAGCUCAGUUGCUAAGCACACUGUGGGGAGGAGGACCUAACCCGGAGGCUUACCUCGUGGGAAAUCAGCAGGCCUGGCUUGCCCUGAGGCAGCACCAGCGCCCCCGCUGGCACCUGCCUUUUCUUUCCUGCCUGGGCACUGGUCCUGAACAGUAAGG